AGCAUUUCAUAUACCAGACGCUCUGCAAGAUAAACACAAGCUCUACUACAUACAGGGAACAUUAUCAACAUGGGAGAAGAAGCAAAAAGGUAUGCAGUGGUGACAGGAGCUAACAAGGGAAUUGGUUAUGGAAUAUGCAAGAAACUGGGUUUGAAUGGGAUAGUGGUGGUGCUAACAGCUAGAAAUGAGAAAAGGGGUUUGGAAGCAGUGGAAAGAUUGAAAGAGUUUGGUCUCUCAGACCUUCUGGUUUUUCAUCAACUUGAUGUCACUGACCCUCCUAGUGUUGCUGCUUUGGCACAAUUCAUCAAAACCAGAUUUGGAAGACUUGACAUCUUGGUGAACAAUGCAGGUGUUCCUGGAGGACUAGUAAAUGGAGACAAUGUUCUUAGAAAGAAAAGGGGAGAAAUAUCAGAUUGGAAUAUAAUAGUUCCACAAAAUUAUGAGUUAGCAGAAGAAUGUGUUGAAAUAAACUUUUUUGGUGCAGAAAGAGUAACAGAAGCUCUUCUUCCACUCCUUCAACGAUCUACUUCUCCUAGGAUUGUCAAUGUCUCCUCUAGAAGAGGUGUAUUGAAGAAUAUACCAAAUGAGUGGGCAAGAGGAGUGCUGAGUGACAUCGAUAACCUUACAAACAAAAAGCUUCAUGUGGUGUUAAGGGAGUUUCUGAAAGAUUACAAGGAAGGAUCAUUGGAAUCGAAGAAGUGGCCACCUGUCCUUUCUGGCUACACCAUGUCCAAAACAGCCUUAAAUUCCUACACAAGAAUGUUGGCUAAGAACUUUCCUCGUUUUCGCAUAAACUGUUUGUGCCCUGACUUUGUCAAGACUGAUCUAAACCAGAAUGUUGGGUUUUUAACCAUUGAUGAAGGUGCUGAGUGCCCUGUCAGAUUAGCUCUGUUACCAGAUGAUGGUCCUUCUGGUCUCUUUUUCUUAAAGAAUCAAGUACUUUCCUUUUUCUAAAUAAACUUAUAUUACUCUUUUGGAUGUAUUUCUGCUUCGAUCAAACUCUCUGUCUGUUGUAUUAUCUGAAUCAAUAUUA